UAACAGACCGUCCGUUCAGGGAUGCACGGCUAGAAAUGCUUCCAGCCUUGUCGAAGGGACCCGAAUCUCACCUCCUCAUGUCGUCGGGAGUAGUGCUUCGAUUCGUUGCCUAGAGAAUAUGGACCUGAGAGGAGGGAGCGAACCUUCUACCGUAAUGGUAAGAUGCGGACACCCCUAGGAGGAAACGAGCAGCCCCUCUCGGAUAUCACUGGACAUGGGAGCGAACCUGUUUGUUACGAGUACCCUUCUACGCACGGUGCACGGAUGGAGGACGGUGGAAGGGAGGAUGGGAGAAAGCACUGGCUACGUAAAUCGAAUACGAGUCUGAGACGUUCCUGAGAGUGAAGCACAGUGUCGUGCGUAGUCCCUAUAAUAGAGUCCAAGUCACACUUAUGGUGCUACCGGGCCUCUAGGACCUAAGCGCAACCUCUCGCAACAAUGCCCUCCUCCAGUCGACUAUCAAUCGCCAUCGUCGGGGGCGGCAUCGGGGGACUCUGUCUGGCCAUCGGCCUUCUUCGGAACAAGAACCUCGACGUCGCCAUCUACGAAGCAGCACCCAGAUUCGCCGAAGUCGGUGCUGGGGUUGCCCUGGGCCCAAACGCCCAACGUGCGCUAGCCCUCAUUUCUCCCGCCACCAAGCAGGCAUUCCUCCUCCACGCCACGGCCAGCCUCUCUUCAGAAUUUCAACAUGUCUGGUUUGACUUUCGGAACGGUAAAGCCGGCGAAAAGGAUGGCGAAAUCCUCAGCAAAGUCAAAAAUGAGACGGGUCAACAAACAGUCCACAGAGCCAAGUUUCUGGACGAGCUAGUCAAGCUCAUUCCGGAGGGAAUCGCCCACUUCGGCAAGCGGCUCGUUCAGAUCCAGAAGCACCCUGCUUCCGGGGCUGGGUUGUACGAACUUGUCUUUGCGGAUGGGACGGCUGCCACUGCAGACUGCAUCAUCGGGGCGGAUGGAGUUCACAGUUCGGUGCGGCAGCAUCUGCUUGGGGAAUCUCACCCGGCUGCCACGGCCGUGUUUACCGGGACCAUCGUUUACCGCGGCCUGGUUCCGAUAGAUGUUGCCCGUGACGCCAUCGGUGAAUUUGCUGAAAACUCAUAUAUGUGGUGUGGAGAGGGAGGCAUGGUCAUGACCUACCCCAUUGAUGACGGUGAGACCAUGAACGUGGUUGCGACUCGAAAUAGGAAGAGUAACUGGGAUGGGGCUCCAUACACCAAGCCCGUGGAUGAGGAGACGGUGCGAAACGAUUUUGUAGGCUGGGGAGGGAUUCCGGGCAAAGUCAUCGAGCUCCUGCAACAGCCAACGAUGUGGGCGAUCCUAGACCAUUACCCAGCUCCCUAUUACCAUUCCGGGAAUGUCGCGAUGAUGGGUGACGCCGCCCAUGCAACCAGUCCUUUCCAGGGUGCUGGUGCAGGGCAGGCAAUCGAAGAUGCCUUGGUCUUGUCAACCCUCUUUCAGCAGGUGACCAAUCGGGGACAGAUCAACCCAGCAUUGGCCGCGUACGACAGCGUGAGACGACAGCGGUCCCAGAAAGUUGUUGCCACCAGUCGCGAUGCGUUAAAGCUGUUCUGCUUCGACGAUGGCUAUGUGAACGGAGACGCGGAGCGCUGGAAGGAAACAUGGGAAGGCCGGAUGAACUGGCUAUGGGAAAUUGAUUUGCUGAAGCAGAACGAGGAUGCACUCAAUGCUUUUGCAAACAUCAUUGAGAAACAGCCUUCUGCUCUGAGGGGGAUGCUCUAAAUGCUAGUGGAAUUUAUGCAGAUCCUACAGAUGUCGAAGGAAGCAGAGACUUAUACGUCAAAGUUUAGUUUGGAAUGUCAGUUGUUCUCAUCCUCCUGCUAUAUCAGGCUUGGAUGUACAUUAUUUCCCAGUGUCCACAAAACAGACAAAGUGAUCUUCAUAGAGCAUUUUCUUGUUUUCUUUUUUCCUUUUUCUCCUUUGCCUGGUUUAUCGCAGCGGUCAAAUG